AGUAAACUGCGAGCAACAGUCCCGACAGGCCUUCGCCCUCGGCUUCCUGGAACGGAGAGGUUCGUCCCAGCAGCAGCUUCAACCAUGGCGUCUACGGAGAUAGCCAGGCAGGCGGGAGAGGGUGCCCGUGCAGUCCCUCUGGCCGGCCAUGUCGGCUUCGACAGCAUGCCCGACCAACUGGUCAACAAGUCGGUCAACCACGGCUUCUGCUUCAACAUCCUCUGCGUCGGGGAGACCGGGCUGGGGAAGUCCACCCUCAUGGACACCUUGUUCAACACCAAGUUCGAGGGCGAGCCCACUCAGCACAACCAGCCCGGAGUGCAGCUCAAGUCCAACACCUACGAGCUCCAGGAGAGCAACGUGCGGCUCAAGCUCACCGUGGUCAACACCGUGGGCUUCGGGGACCAGAUCAACAAGGAGGACAGUUACAAAUCCAUCGUGGAGUUCAUCGACGCCCAGUUUGAGGCGUAUCUACAGGAGGAGCUUAAAAUCAAGCGCACCCUACACAGUUACCACGACACGCGCAUCCACGCCUGCCUGUACUUCAUCGCGCCCACGGGACACUCCCUCAAAUCGCUGGACUUGGUGACCAUGAAGAAACUCGAUAGCAAGGUCAACAUUAUUCCAAUCAUUGCCAAAUCCGAUGCCAUUUCCAAGAGCGAGCUGACCAAGUUCAAGAUCAAAAUCACCAGCGAGUUGGUCAGCAACGGGGUCCAGAUCUACCAGUUCCCCACGGACGACGAGACGGUGGCCGAGAUCAACUCCACCAUGAACGGCCAUUUGCCAUUCGCCGUGGUGGGGAGCACGGAGGAGGUGAAGAUCGGGAACAAGAUGGUGAAGGCUCGGCAGUACCCCUGGGGGACGGUGCAGGUGGAGAACGAGAACCACUGCGACUUCGUCAAGCUGCGGGAGAUGCUGAUCCGGGUGAACAUGGAGGACCUGCGGGAGCAGACGCACACGAGCCACUACGAGCUGUACCGCCGCUGCAAGCUGGAGGAGAUGGGCUUCAAGGACACGGACCCCGACUGCAAGCCCUUCAGUCUGCAGGAGACCUACGAGGCCAAGAGGAACGAGUUCAUGGGCGAGCUGCAGAAGAAGGAGGAGGAGAUGAGGCAGAUGUUCGUCCAGCGAGUCAAGGAGAAGGAGGGCGAGCUCAAGGAGGCAGAGAAGGAGCUGCACGAGAAGUUUGACCGCCUGAAGAAGCUCCACCAGGACGAGAAGAAGAAGCUGGAGGACAAGAGGAAAUCUCUGGACGACGAGCUGAACAUGUUCAAACAGAAGAAGACGGCGGCAGAGCUGCUGCUGAAUCAGGCCCAGCAGGCAGGGGGCUCCACCACCCUCAAGAGGGACAAGGAGAGGAAGAACUGAUGAGACCCGCUGCUGUUUAAAAAGGACCAAGACUUUUGCACUAAAAACAGUUCUGGAUUCCUGUUGAAAAGUGCCCCCUCAUCCCUGCUGUGAAUGACUUGUCACCAAAUCACCCUGCAGGGCCCCUAGCCCCCCUCCUUAUCCCCACUGUCCACCCGACACCCACCAAGCCACUAAUAUCAAUCACACAUUUUGGUUUGACCCAAACAUGCAUCCUUUUUCGAACUGAAUGACGGUUCUCUUUAUUUGUGGUUUUGUACGAGCCAUUAUUUUGAGAAACAAAAACACAGUCUUUUUAGAUUGAGUGUGGCCUAGGACUACUUCCCCAUUAUUCAUGCAAAAGAGCCCAACGGGUGUGUGAAGCCUUCAAUAACUUAAAAUAAAAACACAUUUCAGUCACAUUUUAUGGACCAAAAAAUAAAAGCUGAAGCAGUGAUCUCAUCAUAAAACAGUGGCUGCGCUGGUCAUUGCAACGGAAUGGAAGGUGUAAUGUUUUAGCCAACACAUUCACUCUGCCGUCAGCUUGUCCCUUGAGUCAAUCAGUUACAGUCUGACCGAGGAUGUUUUUUCAACUAUAGAUUUUUGUGCGUUACAUUUUGAGAAAGGGUUGAACUGUUAGUCUGCAUCCUAUUUGCUGGAAUUCACUUAAGCCAUAACUAGAAUACACUCCCAAUUUCCAUUUUUACGUCCAUAAUGAUAUAAUGUAUGGAUUUACGGACUGAUUCCAUCGUAUUAUUACAGGGCAGAGGGAUCGUUCAUUCUAGCCUCAUGCAUGAGCCAAUACAUGCUCCUCUUUUCCUGUACCUCGUGGGUGGUUCAUUCAUACCUGUGUAUUCGCCUUCACAUUUGUGACGUAUAUUUUUUUUACAAAUGUGAUUUUUUUAUUAUUCCUUUAUGUAUUUCCUAUGCCAACGCAACUUUUUAUGUAACCUUAAAAGAAAGCACAUUAAACUGACCCAAACAGAAAAACAAAGAGAAACAUGUAUCAGUGUUAAACCAAUGGUAUUUUAUCUAAAGUGAUUAAUAAAUGUGAACAUUAAGCAAAUAUGGAAAUUGUGGCCACAAUCCUUUGGUAGUGAAUGGAGCACGACAUCCCAUAUGGCAUCAUUUACUGAUUUGUGAUAUUUUGUGUGCCCACGUGAGCCUUUUUAAUGGAGGAUACGUCACACAGAAUGCCAUACAUUGGGGUCACAAAUGUAUUUGACUUUGAACACCGUACAAAAGGAUAGUGGUUCCCGCCUGACAUUAUCCAUCUGAGAGCUUGUGAGGCUGCACUUAAAAUAAGCGUGUGUUAGUGUGUAUGUGUGUGUAUUCCACGCGCGUCCUUGUUGAUUUACAGCCUGAAUACAGACGACGUGCCAGCGUCAAUCUCAAUCUUUCCGUGCGUUGGAGGCCCCCAGUGGCCUGGAGUGGAUGGGAUGAAAAUGUACAAUCAACGAGUGUUCCAUAUCUCCAUCCCAAUCCUCCCCUUAAUAGUCUGUGUAUUCACUUUCCUUUGCAGUAAUCCGUGGCUCUGCACUGAGUAGGUCUUCGGCCCUGAAGUAUUGCUAAGGGACCAGGCUUUGUGGGUAUUUAACACCCCGGGUUGUGACCAGAGCCUGCUUUGUGGACGCCACCCUUCUGUGUUUCCUAAUGGUGAUUCCCCCCUGCGUAAUAUGUGUUAACCAUCCAGUAUUAGUUGUUUUCUAUUCCAAACUUCCGCUUUUUCUGCUUCUCUAACUUCUAUUCUGAUCGCCGUGCGGCAGAAGCUUUCAUGUGCUCUACACACGUAUGCUUAGUAUGUACGCUUUACUGCUACUGUUUUGGCUGAGGUUGGUUUGAUGGCAAACAUGUUUUUCUUACGAUUACCGGUCAAAGAAAAGACAAUAAAAUACCCACUUGUGUCUUUCCCGAAUAACCCGGAGCACCAAGUGAAGUCCAUGUUCUCAGCAGGUUUGGGACGGCAUGCAGUAGUCCAUUAAAACACUUGUUUUCCCUAUAAAAGCAUGAAGAGGACUAAAUCCGCCGUGGUGGUCGUCCUGUGAAACAUCUUCUGCAAUCUCAAAGUGAAUCCUAGUGGUUUCGUCCUGACUCUCGCUUGGCCAUCUCCUCUAACCUGCCUCUCUCCCUCCCUCCCUCUCUCUGUUUCCUAGCUUUUUUUAAUCUUGGCCGUCAGAAGAGGGGAUUGCAGCUUCAACGAGAACUAAAACACCCAAUACCUCCUCUGUUCUUGCUCCCUGCAUCAACCUUUUUAAUCUUGCAUUUUUCAUCUGAUUUGUCGAAUAAGGCCUUAUGUGGACUCGCAUGGUAUUUAUGAUAAGGAAUAAAAUAAAACUGAGCCCACUGGGGAGCCUCAGACCUGACACGUCUGUCUUAAAAAGAUUGGGGACUACCCUUGAAAAAAAGAAAACGAAACAGAGUUUAUUUGGGGUAAUUUACACCACUGUUAAUCCGUCUCCAUUUUAAAUAACAUUGCAAUUAUCUCUUUCCUUUUUAAUGGGAAAGCUUGUUUCUAAUAUAAAAAGUGCACUCAAUGACAAACCUCUUGGGUCAAGUAUGUUAUUAAGUAUUGCUUAUUAACAAUAACAAUUGUCCAACAAAUAGUUUUUUUUCUUUUCAGUUGGAAAAAAAUGAGCCGUCACAUGCUGAAUUCAUUACAACUCCAUCACACAACCUUGGUAUUAUAUACAUUUAUAUUAAAACAAUUCCUGCAACAACUGAGUCCAUAACUUUCUUAGGCACUUAUUAAAAGGCAUUAUGGUCUGGAUUACAUGCUUGAGUACCAUGGAGGUCACAUUAAGUGCCCUCUUAAACAUAGUGCUUUAACAAUCACCCACCUAUUCUGUAUUUUGCAUGCAUACCUUUAUUUCAUUACUGGAGUUAUCAUGACCUUUUCCCUUGUUUUAUCCCUGGUUAACUACAUUUGAAGUCUAUAUUGAAUAUUGUUUUUUUUUUAUGAUGCACAUUAAUGUAUAUUUGCUGUCUUAUAAUUGUAGAACCCAUUUGCCAAAUAUUACUAUUAAGGUGUAGUUGGAUUUUAAUCCCAAAUAGUGAAGAAUACCUGUGCAUUUAUAUAAUUUAUAAGGAUAUAUUUUGUGUAUUGAAGUGGAGACCUGUUUAUGAAAUAUUACCUUUGGAUGUGGCUUUCACUUUAAAGAACUAAAUGGCGUCAGGAAAUAUACAUUUUUAGCAUCUGUCAUCACUUCUUGUAGUCCAAUACUUUUCCACAACGCAUAUUAGGCCUACUUUCUUGUAGUUUGAAUCUGUUGUAAAUUUUCAAUAAAAACAAUCUUAUCCAAAUA